AAAGUUUCGCGGUUAUGCCCAAAUUCUCAAUUUCAAUCUUCUUUCUUUUUCUUCUUCCUCUGCAUCAUCACAUCUUCAUCACCAUCAUCUUCUUCUUCUUCUUCUUCUUCUUCUUCUCCACCACUCGGUUCUCGUCCCCGUGAGCUGCUCGAUCGGUCGGUGGUUUUGCUCUCUCCCUUUAUGACGUAGCAGACGCGAUUUGAUCGGUGAGUGCGCAUUUGCUGAUUGCUCAAUUCUCCUCUAUUUGGGGCUGUUAGAGGUUUGAAUUCCCGACCGUUCCUAGAAAACUGAGGGUUCUGAAAGAGAUCAAAAGCGUCUGAAUUCUAUGUUUCGUUUUGCGUUCGGUGUAACUCCAGGUAUCUUAAUUCAAAAUUAGUGUAUGGAGCUAUCUUCCAUUGAAACGGUUUUGAAUUUCAUUUGGCACCGUGAGGAAGUGCAAGGGUGCUCAAGGGAAGACAACUAAGGAAGUUACUUCAGGCUGAAGUUACUCAUGGCCCCAUCAAGAAAAUCGAGAAGCGUGAAUAAGAGGUUUUCUUACAUUAAUGAGGUUGCUUCUAGUAAAGAUGGAGAAAGUGCCAACAAAAGGCAGCGGGUUAGUCCUGGCUAUGUUCAGAAGAAGAGGAAGUUGUCUGACAUGUUAGGACCUCAAUGGAGCAAGGACGAGCUUGAGCGCUUUUAUGCAGCAUACCGUAAGUAUGGGAAGGAUUGGAAGAAGGUGGCUGCUGUAGUGCGUAACCGAUCUGUGGAUAUGGUAGAGGCCCUUUACACUAUGAAUAAGGCCUACUUAUCUCUUCCAGAGGGUACUGCUUCAGUGGUUGGACUAAUAGCGAUGAUGACUGAUCACUAUUCUAUGCUGGAGGGAAGUGAUAGUGAAGAAGAAAGCAAUGAGGGUGCAGGAGCAUCUCGUAAGCCUCAAAAGCGCGCACGGGGAAAAAUCCAGAAUAGCACCUCCAAAGAACUAGCUGGGCAUUUUCCUGAGCUUUCACGAUCCCACUCAAUUGCAUCAAGUUAUGGCUGCCUGUCAUUACUAAAGAAGAGGCGCUCUGGAAUUAAGCCCCACGCUGUUGGGAAAAGGACGCCUCGUGUCCCCGUCUCGUACUCUUUUGAUAAAGAUGGUCGGGAAAAGAAAUUUUCUCCAGCUAGGCAAGGUUCAAAACAGAAGAUGGAUGCUAAAGAUGAUGAUGUUGCUCAUGAGAUUGCGUUAGUGUUGACUGAGGCUUCGCAAAGAGGAGGUUCUCCACAACUUUCGCAAACACCGAACAGAAAAUCAAAUGGUGCCGCACCAUCACCAGUUCAAAAUGGUGAAAGGAUGCAUACCGAAUCAGAAAUGACCUGUGCCAACCUUCGUGGUAGUGAAGUGGAUGAGGGUGGUUGCGAAUUAAGCUUAGGAAGCACUGAAGCUGAUAAUGGAGAUUAUGCCAUAGAUAAAGGUUAUUUAAGGGGCAGAGAAGGUGUUGGUACCGUAGAAGGUCAACCAAAAAGGAAGAGAUACUCUGGAAAGAAGCCAGAAGUUGAAGAAAGCAUAAACAAUGAUUUGGAUGACAUAAAGGAAGCCUGUAGUGGGACCGAGGAAGGACAAAAACCAGGUGCUGUCAAAGGAAAGCUUGAAAGUGAGGUUGUGGCAAGGUCCUCUUCCAAGGGUCUGAGGAAGAGAAGUAAGAAAGUUUUGUUUGGAGGAGAUGAAGGCUUUUCUUUUGAUGCCCUGCAAACUUUGGCAGAUCUGUCUUUAAUGAUGCCAGAUACUGAGUUAUCUGGUCAGGUCAAAGAAGAAAGUCUUGAUGUUGUUGACAAGUCUAAGGUGAAAGAGAAUCAUUCUAUUCCUGGAGUCAAAGUCAGUGCUUUGAGAACACCUAAACUGGGCAAAGGUUUUGCUCACCACAUUGGCGAUACUUCUGAAUCAAAGGAGGAAGCUCACCAGUCUAAUACUGGAAUGCGAAAAAGGAAACAGAAAUUUUUACCAUUCAAAUUGCAGAUUUUUGAAACUGAAGCACAUACAGAUUCUCAUCUAAGUGAGCCUAAAAAGUUUGAGGCUACUGCCGAAGUAAAGGUGUCUUUGAGUAAAGGCAAACGCUCCUCUCAUAAUACUACACAAUCAAAAUCUGGAAAGAUGGUGAAACCUAUGGAACAUAUGUCUUCAAGUACUGAUCUUGGAAGGGAAAGGAAUGAUUCAGCUCUAUCAACUUUACAGGUUUCAUCAGCAGACCAGGUCAAACCACCAACUAAAGUUAGGAGUAGGCGGAAGAUGGAUGUACAGAAACCAGUGAUACAGAAUGAUUCAAAGUCUUCUGGAAAUAUAUUUAUUGAACAUCCCAAUAUACCCAUUCCUUCCCUCCACGACAGAGCACUUGCUCUCAAGGAAAAGCUCUCUAAUUCCCUAUCUUGGUAUCAAGCACAGAGAUGGUGCACUUUUGAGUGGUUCUACAGUGCUAUCGAUUACCCAUGGUUUGCGAAAAGGGAAUUCAUGGAGUACUUGGACCACGUUGGAUUGGGUCAUGUUCCAAGAUUAACCCGUGUUGAAUGGGGUGUCAUAAGGAGUUCACUUGGCAGACCCCGGAGAUUUUCUGUCCAAUUUCUGAAGGAAGAGAGAGAGAAGCUAUAUCAAUACCGGGACUCCGUUAGAAAACAUUAUGCUGAACUACGUGCUGGUACCAGGGAAGGACUUCCAACUGAUUUAGCUCGUCCUUUAUCAGUUGGACAACGUGUUAUCGCUCUUCAUCCGAGGACAAGAGAAAUUCAUGACGGAAGUGUAUUAACUGUUGACCAUAGUAGGUGUCGUAUUCAGUUUGACCGGCCUGAACUAGGGGUUGAAUUUGUCAUGGAUAUUGAUUGCAUGCCUUCAAAUCCAUUGGAAAAUAUGCCUGCGUCUCUUAAAAGGCACAACACUGCAGUCAAUAAAUUACUUGAGAACUGCCAUGAGUUCAAGACUAAAUUUGCCCCAAGUGAGAACCUGGAGAGCAUAGAUGGUUCUUAUACAUCCCCAUCAUGUCAUCACCACAUCAGCAAGUUUUUAAAGCAGGCUGGUUCACCAAGUUCUAGUGUGCAAGUUAAAGUAAGGCCUGGUGAAAUCACUAAUACUCAACAAGCAGCAAAUUCUCAGCUUUCACUUCUUGCUCAGAUCCAGGCAAAGGAAGCUGAUGUACAGGCUCUUUCUGUAUUGACUUCUUCUCUUGACAAAAAGAAAGCCGUGGUAUCUGAGCUGAGGUGCAUGAAUGAUGCGGUUUUUGAAAACCAGAAAGAUGGGGAUAACUCUCUCAAGGAUUCAGAACAUUUUAAGAAGCAAUAUGCUGCAGUACUCUUACAGUUACAUGAAGUCAAUGAGCAGGUUUCUUCAGCUCUAUUUUGCUUGAGGCAACGCAACACGUAUCAAGAGAGCUCCCCACUUAUGUUGUUGAAGCCCGUGUCUGGUUUAGGUGAUGCCAGUGGUCAGUCAAACUCUUUUGAUUGUUCAACUUGUCAUAUCCAAGAUUCUGGACCUCAUGUUGUUGAGAUUGUUGAAAGCUCAAGAACAAAAGCUCAAACUAUGGUUGAUGUGGCUAUGCGGGCUGUUUCAUCUUUUAAAAAUGGGGGAGCUACCAUUGAAAUGAUUGAGGAGGCUAUAGAUUUUGUAAAUAAUCAGCUUUCAGUAGAUGAUUCUAGCAUGUUGGCCAGGAGUGCUUCUGCUCCUGCAGAUUCAACUCAUAUUACUACUCCGGUCUCUCAGGACCAGUCAACUGCCUGUACGUCGGCAACUACUCAUGCACCUGAUCCUAAGUCAGACAGAUUGACUGACCAAAAUGAAGAAAAAAUCCCUUCAGAAUUAAUUGCUCAUUGUGUUGCAACUUUGCUCAUGAUUCAGAAGUGCACAGAACGGCAAUUUCCACCAGCUGAUGUCGCCCAGGUACUUGAUUCUGCUGUAACAAGUUUGCAGCCAUGUUGUUCGCAGAAUCUUCCAAUCUACGCAGAGAUACAGAAAUGCAUGGGAAUUAUUAAAAAUCAGAUAUUGGCACUCAUACCUACGUCCACAUAGGAAGAUUAAGGGAGAGGGAGAAAGGGCUGUGAUAAUUAUAUGAUACAACCAGGCUCUGUGGGAUACCUUGGGCUUUGCUGCUCCUCGUUAGCUUGUCCACGUCACCUCAGACCAAGCAAUCAAGCAAAUUCGAUCACCUUCAGAAAACGAGGUAAAAUGAACAACAUGAAUUUGACCAAACCACAAAUUCAUUGGAAUGCAAAUUAAAAUUUCAUGUAUGUAGAAUCUCUCCAAUCAUAAUCUGUUGUUACAAGUAGUAGACUGUGAAACCAUUGGCGGAUCCCGCCCGCAAGGUACCGACAUGCGAGCACUCACCCAAUGGGUCGUGUACUAACAGCCGUUGCCGCAUGUUGGUCAUACAUUAUAAACUAAUGCACAUAUUAGAUGAUGUCUCUCGCA